AUGGGUAUUUGUUCAUCUUCUCAAUACACGAUAAAGGCCGACAAUCGCCUGACCUGGCCGCCGCCCUCCACCACCAAAAUAAUAUACCCAGAUGGAAACCUUCAACAACUAAGUCAACCCAUCAAAGCCAGCGUUGUUCUGUCCCAGAACCCGAGUUGUUUCCUUCGCAACUCGGAGCUCACGUAUGUGAACUCGUGCCUGCGUCAGGUACCCGGUGACGAACAACUUCAGCUGUACCAAAUCUAUUUUCUAAUGCCACUGUCUAUGUCUCAAGCACCACUUUCACUUGAAGAAUUAUGUUCGCUCGCCAUUAAAGCUGGUGCUGCAUUAUCUCGUUUGAAUGAGGCUUAUUCUCACAAAGAAGUGUGCAUAUCUGGUUUAUUGCAGCUGCAACUCAUUAAAAAUGUUGUGAAACAUCAUCCCAUUGGAAUCAUAAAAAUUUAA